UCAUAAAUUUCCCGCCAUUUGGUUGGCGUAUUCUAACAAGCCUGCUAAUUGACGGUUAAGUGUACAUUCUGUUUGCCAGCGAUGGUUUCAGCGUUUUGACUUUCUGGAAGCGUAUAAAGUUUCUAGCGGAAUAAUUAACAAGCCCUCAGUGAUUUUAGGCCGCGUUUUUAUGAAGCCCGAGCUGCUGGAGGUAUGAAGGAGCUGAUUGAGGAGAUGGCCGACAGCGGGUAUGGGUGCGCCGUGGCGAACCGCUUCUGCCGCCUUCUGGAUGACGAGUCCGACCCUUUCGACCUGCUGUACCAGGCUCAGGUGAAAAACGAGCAACGGAAGAAGAAAGAAGAGCUGAAAAAAGUCGUCGCUUCGACAAAAAGCAGCAAGAAGGAGUCGCAAAGAGACAGGAAGGCCCUCGUUCGUGUCGCGGAUAGUAGCGCGAACAGGGCUGUAGCGGGUCAGAAGCGGCCAGUUCGCGCUGCGCCUGAGGAGCGAGCAGAGAGACGCGUGGCCUUCAGUGAAGCCAAGCUCAGUGAGGGAGACCUUUCUCUGGGCUACUCCAUCGAGAGGCCUGGAGAGCUUUUUGAUAGAGGAGCACGGGGAAGAGGAAGUGGAAGGGGACGUGGGGUCCGAGGUAUCGGAUAUUCCAGAUCCACUGAUGGUUUUGAUCCCAGAGGGAAACGGGAGUUUGAGCGGCACAGUGGCAGCGACCGGGCGAGUGUUCGUCCUGAGGAGAAGAGGGGUGGCAGUGGACCUCGCAACUGGGGUUCCAUGAGAGACCACGUAAGUGCGGUUGCUGAGGGGGCACCUAUUGAGGAGUCUGGCGAAGGCGAGGAAGUACCAGAUACAGCAGAGACCGAUUUGGAAAAUGGGCCUGUUGAGACAGAAGAAGUGCUUGAGGUUGCUGUUGAGAUGUCUUUGGAUGAAUGGAAGGCCAUGCAGGAGCAAAGUCGACCAAAGGCUGACUUUAACAUCCGUAAGGCAGACACCAAGUUGCCCCCUAAAGCCGUGGUGAUCCACAAGUCCAAGCGCCUUAAGGAACACGGCCUUGGUCUGAAUGAAGAGGACCUAAUCUGCCGGCGCCCUGCUAAUGACAUCACCUGUCAGGUGGACAUCAACUUUGGGAGUCUGGGGAGGCCUGCUCGAGGUGGCCGAGGUGGGCGUGGGGGACGAGGUCGUGGGGCUCCUGCCACCCAAAGAUCACCUCAGAAAGAUAGUGAAGUGGCUCCGAACCCUGAUGACCCAGAGGACUUCCCUGCUCUGGCUUGAUGCGGUCACUGCACUUGGGAUCAGAUGGGUACCAAGCCAGCAGACGACUCCUGGGUCUCGAACAGCACUUGAGGUUGUUAAGUAUAAAAAAAAAAAAAAAAAAAAAAAAAAAAAAAAAAAAGUAAAUUAAAUGUGGGCUUAAUCACUUGAGUCUCAGUGGCCCGUGUAUUCCCUCCACAGACUGAAUUACUUCUCUACAGGCCUUUACGUUUACAUCGUGAUGCUUAUUCUAGUAUCUUUCACACAUGUGGAAAAAUAAAGCAAGCAAAAUGAA